AAAUACAUUAAAUACACAGUGAUUAGUAUCAUUACUAUUUGACCCCUCAUUGCCUUAGCUUUGCAUUAUGGGUAACAUUUUCUCCAACCAAUCAGAGAGAGUUCAAUUAGUCAUGUCACCUGGCAGGCCUGCAGGCAUAGUAAACUCACACAACACAUUUGCUCUAUAAGCAAACAUGGAGUCCUUUUCCAACAUGGAUGAGCACUUUCCCACACCGCCACCGUACUUCCUACCAGAUGGGCAAGAUGUGAAGGUUUAUCACGUUCACUCACCCUUCAGAGCGCCUUUUCCUCCUUUUCCUACUUCUCCUACUUCCCUUUCUCCUGGAGGAGGAUGUUCUACGCAGUCACUCCCGCAAGUGUCUGCACCCCCUCUCUCCACCCCCAGGCCCAAGUUCGUGAGCUACGAGACCGAGUUGCAUCGCUCUCCUGCUCCGACCACAUGUCCUUCCUGUCGCGCCCAAGUCACCACCAGGGUCACCUUUCGGACGGGAAGACACGCGUGGCUCAUGUGUCUCGUGUUGGCGCUGUGCGGGUUGGUGCUGGGCUGCUGCCUCAUUCCCCUCCUGGUCCAGCAUUUUAAAGAUGCCCACCACAGCUGUCCCAGAUGUUAUCGUGUGCUUCAUGUGCAGCGCAGAACUUGCUGUCACUGAUAGCUGCUUUUACUUUUACAUUGGCGGUCCUCGCCUUCUUAAAUGGAUGAUAUUUUUCAAGCACAGAAAUAAAUGUUAAAAAUGUAUUUUAUGAGUGAGUGAGUGAUCUAUCCUACAUGCUAACCACUCAGCCGCCGUGUGACCCAAACCCAACGGGAAUUCCUUAUUUUUAAAUGAAAAUCUUCAUAUUUGGAGGAUGGAACACCUGUUUUUAACCUUCUAAAUAUACUUUUAAACAUUAGAGCACUCCAGACACAAAAUAACACCCCUAUUGUCACCUUAACACUCCCAUUAGCCAAUAUGGUAGACAUAGUAAGCGAAAGUAAGACACACAAUACUUGCUCUGGUGUGUGUUGCUGUAAAUGUGUUUUGGUGCUAGGGAACCUGGGCAGGUGACGGACAGGAAGUGGUAAUGGGGCUUCAGAGUCGAGUAGCAGCAGUAGACCG